AUGUCGGAGCAGAAUGGUUUGAGGUCACCCUCGCCGGAGAUUCAGGCGGAGGUGUUCUCCUCGUGUCGAAGCUCUCGCGCGGGGAGUGAGGCCCCACACCGGACACGUGAGUCAUUGAUGCGUUCGCCGAGGUCGGGCCGCUCCUCUCGCGUGGGCAGUGAGGUGCAGCAGCGACGCCGUGAGGGACACUCCUUGCGGAGUUCUCCUGGAGCCACGCCUAGGCGUGAUGAGAGGAGGGCGGAGUUUGCCGAAGUGCUGAACGGUGGAGCAGCAGGUGUCGUUGCCAGCGACCGCACAAGGCAGUAUGAUUUUGGGGCAAACAAUACGCAUUUAUUGCCGACGGGAACUGGCGGAGGCCGAAGCAAGGUGAGGGGAGGGACGCCUACAUGCAUUGCCCAUGCCAACGAAGCGGAUGAAAUAGAAUUAGCUUUGUACCAUUCUGUGCCCUCCGCAGGUGGAUCAUUUAAACUGCUGCAAAAAUUGUCUUAUCCAUUGGAUGUGCCAGGAACCGUGGUGAGUGACUCUGGCGGAAGUUCGGUGCACGACGUGGUUAAUGAUGAUGCCGAAUAUGAGGCGACGGGCGAGCUUCGCGCCGCAAACAACUUAGAGGGUGGCGUCACCCUCAGCGUCGUGAGAAAUGAUAUCGAGACCGUAGAGAGCUGCGCCAGCGCAAUGGCGAUGUGUAUGAUGCCUGACCCUGUUCAUGGCUCUCCUGUGCUCGCCCUCUGUGUUGGUGACGCAACUGGGCGCGUGAAUUAUGCGGAGCUGGAUGUGUGUCACACGGCACGUACACGGUCCCCGACAACGUAUGCGCCACAGAGCAGGUCGAACACUACCCUUGGGAGUCGCAGUCAAACCGAUGUUGAUUUGGUGAGUUAUAGUACCUCGCUCCCCUCGGACACUUCUAUGCUGUGCCGUGAUAUUGCCGGUUUUCAUAGGCCGCCUGUGCGAAAGCACAGUCAUCAGGCGUACGUGCGAGAAAUGGACUGCCUCACUUCUGUCACCAUUUCCCAAGCCGUCACGGCUGUUCGUUUCCUACCGUCGCAUGCCUCCCCGCACACGGUAAGCUACUUGACUGCGAAUGAGAAGGUUAUCAAACUGUUUCGAGUUCAGCGCGAGGGAUUUACGCCGUUUCAUGCCUUUCCCUCCAUGGAGGCGGUGGUGGGGAGGCGCCUCGCUCACACACGUUAUUUUCCUCGUGCCUCACCUUCACCGCCUAUUCUUCCCGUGCGUGUGUUUGCGGGCUGCCACAGUAACGCUGUGCAGGACCUUAGCGUUUGCGCGGAUGGGCAUUCCUUUCUAAGCGCCGAUGACCUGCAAGUUUUUUGGUGGAGCUUGGAGAGCUGCGACGCGUCAAAAGGCGUCUGCGUCACGGACUGCCGACCUCCGUCAGGGUGCAUGGAUGACGUGGAGGAGUUGGUCACCUCCGUUGCUUUUAGCCCCACUCACAGCUCCCUCUUUUUGGUUGCUAAGAGCCCUGGGGCUCUCGGCAUUGGGGAUCUGCGCAAGACAAUUUCAGGCUCGCAGUGUCAAUAUGCCACCUACAUCCGCGUCGCAGAAGACGCCACGGCUUCGACGCAUGAACAAUACGGUGACAUUCUUUGUCGUAUAUCUGGCGCUAAUUUUGUGGGCCCUCAACAUGUCGUGAGCCGUGACUAUACCUCGUUGAAGCUCUGGGACCUGCGGCGGCCAGAUGUGCCUUGCUCCGUUGCUUCUGUCAUGGACUACAUUUCACCAUUUCUGGAAUCCCUUUACGACAACGAUGCCAUUUUUGACCGUUUCCCUGUUGUAGUGGACCACGUUUCUGGCACUGUUGUCACCGGACUGUACGACGGCGCUGCGGCGGUCUGGCAGCCGCUUCUUGAGCGAGGUGUGGCUGGGGAAGAUGUCUUGGCGUAUUACCGCGUGGACCCCCAGGCACUACUUUGCGAAGUGGAAAACGGCGGUCGCACGGCUCUUGACGAGGUGAGUGCUGCCUUUGAACGGGGGUGGAGGCUGCCGGCUGUGAGGGGCAAUAACGCGACGGUGCCCAAUGGACUGCCGCCGCCGCUUGUCAACAAGGUGGCGUGUGCCUCCAUCGCCGAUGGAGGGGAGCGGUUUGCAUUGACGUUUGAAGACGAACGGGGUAUUGCCAUUUUUGAGCGGAAUUCCUUGUGCGAUGCGCCGUGA